AUGACGCCCAAUAGCGCGCGAGAUGCUCCAUCCUUGCCCGAGCGUGUGGAGAUCGCGGGGCGCGAGAUCGACCCUGAGGACGACUACGACUACGGGUACGAGGACGAGGGCGACGCGCCUCCCGUGCCCACCAAGAAGGUGCCCACCGGCACCGUCUACGAGGCGGCGCGCGCCGGGGAUGUGGAUCGGCUGACGUGGCUGGUGCACGAAGAAGGCGUGGACGUGAACGCGCGCGACCGAUGGGACUCCGUGCCGCUCUAUUAUGCUUGCCUUGCUGGUGCGCGCGCGGGAGGGGCGGAGAGAGCAGGGUUGGAGAGGAGUGGGGGGUUUAUGACUGAUGGGGGGGCAAGGGACGUGAGAAGGCUGUCUUCGAUUGUGUGGCUGGCUUGGCGCUUCAUGGGUCCAUCUGAAAAGUGGCGCCUUUACAGUCUUUCCGGGUUUACUACUCCGUCGUCCCCUUCUCCUGGUUCACCCUUCCUCGUCUCUCUUUGCCCCCCAACGCUCCCACCCCCCGCCCGUGGGCCCCGCGCACACCCCCCCGCUUCCCCAGGCCAUCUGGAGGCGGCGCGCGUGCUGCUGGAGGCGGGUGCGAUCUGCAGCGAGCACACGUUCGACGGGGACAGGUGCCACUACGCCGCGCUCACGCUCCGCAUCCGCCGCCUGCUCAAGCGCUACGAGAUGCGCCCGCCGCCCUUGGACCCGCUGCCCAAGGCCUUCAAAGACCUCCUCGACGCCACCGCCGCCAAAGCCGACGCCCUCUCCCCUUCCGCCGGCGCCCCUCCCGGCCCCCCGUGCGUCCCCGUGGCACUGCUAGACCCGCGCGACCCGCUGGCGCCCGACAUCGCGUUCCACAUCGACGGGCGCGUCGUGCUCGCGCACAAGCCCGUGCUCGCCGCGCGCUCCGACUACUUCGACCGCGCCUUCGCCUCCAAGUGGCGCGACAGGUCCGAGGUGUUUCUCGCCAACCCGCGGCUGACACAUGGCGCGCUGGCGGCGCUGCUGGGGUUCGUGUACUCGGACCGCCUGGACGUGCCCGUGGCGGGGCUGCCCGACCUGGUGCGCGCAUGCCGCGCCGCCAAGUGCGGGGCGGGGCUGGUGCGGGCUGUGGAUCGGGAGCGCGUGCACGACAAGCUGGCACAGCACAAGGUGCCGCCAAGGCGCGCACUGGGGCUGAGGUGGCGAGGCAGGGCGGCGAGGGCCAGGGGAGCGGGCGAGGGAGAGCUUGUGAACGGGGAGGUGGCAGCAGGUGCCGGAGAGGGGAGGGGGGAUGCGGAUGGUGGGGCGGGCGAGGGGGAGGGGACGGCCGAGGGAGAGGAAGAGGAUGGGCGCAGCGAGCGAGGGCGAGAGAGGGCGGGGGAGGAGGAGGAUGAGGCACAGCGGCGGUUUAUCCUGACGGCGGCAUCGCUGCCCGAGGAGGAGAGACUGGCUGGCGGCAUGCAGCGGCUGCUAGCGCGGUGCAUGGUGAGGUCUGACACGAGGGCCAUGGACACUGAUGAUGGGGAGGGUGCAGAGGGGUAUGGGGAACCUGGGGGGGAAUGUGCGGAUGGGGGGGAGGGAGAGGUGGGUGGUGGGGGACUGGUGGGCGGGGAUGGUGCAGAAGGUGAGGCGAGAAGGAAGGUGCGGUUUGGCACAGUUGAGUCGAGCGGUGAUGAGGGCCGCGAGUGGGCGAGGGGAGAGGACGAGGAGUGGAGGGGAGAGGGUGCGGAUGGCGGGGCAGGUGUGGGGGUGCAUGCGUUUGGCAGUGCCUCUGAGCCGGAUCACGCAGACUGCUGCUUCUCCGUGGCGGGGUGUGUGUUCCGCUGCCACCGCGUGGUCAUGGCGGCGCGCUGUGACUACUUCAGAGUGCUCUUCGUGCGCCAGGCAGUGCAUGCACACUCACCACCACACUCCUCAUCCGCAGCAGAGGGACAGCGGGGUGGGACGGCAGCAGUGCUGCUGGGAGAUGGCGGGGCUGUGCUGCCGUGCUUCCACCUGCCUGACCUCACCCCCUACGCCUUCCACAAGAUCCUCGAGUUCAUGUGCGUGCUCCGCUCCCCGCCCUGCUCUCCGUUUCUUGCUGCCUUUACCUUCUCUGCCGCAAUCAUGCCCACCUCCUCCACUGCUGACAUCCCUCCACCCAUUCUUCCCUCACCACGAAUUGCGUUGCGAGUUGUUGCAUUCGCCACAUGCCCGCUACACGGAUCGCAUCCACCACAUUGCUGUCAGCCAGGUGAUCCCAUCCGCCAUUACCUGCCCCUUCCACCUUCUUACUCUCAACACUUACUCUUGCGUGUAUCAUUAAUGCACACACCUUUUUUCACCUUCCCUCUGUGUGCCUGCUCGUCUUGCUGGGCGCCCACCCUCCUCAACGACCUGUGUCCUCCCUGCAACCUGCCAUCCCCUGUGCUGCACCCCCCUGCACCGGUGCUGUGGCAGGCCAUGGACGUGAUCGAUGCAGCAGCGCGCUUCCUGCUCUUCCCACUCAAGCGGGCCGUGGCAGACGCCCUCAUCCCGCACCUGCACUCUGCCGACAUGCCCUCGCUCUGCCAUUGGCUGCUCGCUGCUGACAUGUACGGAGUGUGGAAGCUGAGGGAGCACGUGCUGGACGUCAUGGCCGCCAACUUUGACGCCUUCGCCGCCUGCCCUGCCUUCCGUGCCAUGCUCGCACGCCUGCCCCCUCCCUCGGGCAAUGACUCUGUGCGCACCACUGCACCCUCAUUGCACGGCGAGCAAGUGCCCACGCCCGUGGGGCAAGCAGCAGGGGGUGCAGGGGGCGAUGGAGUGGGCGGGGUGGAGAGCAUGAACGUGCUGGACGAUUUGCGGGAGAAGUGGCUGGAGCUGGAGGGAGCCGAGUUAGAGGAGAGGGACGCCAGUGCUGCUGAAUUUGACAAGCGCCUUGAGACGCUUGCAGCCUUGGCACUUGACUGGGUUGCGCUGGCGGAGCUAUGGAUGCGCAGCUACUGUCCGCCCAUGGACGCCGCUCUCAUGCACCAGCUCGCCGCGCUCACAGUCUCGUCGCUCGCCGCACCAUCCGUCAAUGGCGCCACGGGUUCUUCAAGUGCAAUCACCGCAAGCUCUUCGGAAGAGUCGCAUGGCGCGGCGGUCGCGGGGCAGGUGCAGCUCGAGCUGGCGGCGCUUUUGGGGGGGGAGGUGCCGCGAGGGGAGGCGACGGUCGGUGAGGAGGAGGGAACGGAGCGCGGAUGCGAGAGCGUGGAGAAGCACUGCCUGCAGUCGCUGGUUGACAUCCACGUGUCGCACGGCCGAUGCCGGUGUGCCAUCUCUGUCACGCCUGAACUAGUGAAUCGGUACAACACGCUGCACGGAGGAGCCAUUGCCACGCUCACAGAUGUCGUGACGUCAGCAGCGCUGAUAGCGGCGGUGGGGCCGCCAGGGGGCGUGUCAACGGACCUGAGCGUGGCGUACCUCGACGCCGCCAAGCUGGGGGAGGUGGUGGAUGUGGAUGCCUCUGUGCUGCGCGUCGGCAAGUCCCUUGCCUUCCUGCAGGCUCUAUUCCACCGGCGCAGCGACGGUGUGCUGCUGGCAGUGGGGCGCCACACCAAGUUCCUGGUGGGGCCGCAACGGCAGAGCAGGGCGCCGGUGAGGAGCGCAGGGGGGCAGGCAGACCCGCAAGCUCACCAGGGUGGUGAUGCAGGCAAGCAGGGCGAUGGCAGUGCUGGCAGCAUGGCGGUCAGAGGGGAGGCACCUCUGGAUGCUGGGCUGGCAAGUCAACCCACACUGCAAUCCAGACUAUGA